CUGGAACGAGACAUGAAGUGGGUGGUGGGUUCUCUGGUGGCAGUGGCUCUGCUGGUUGUGUGGCUUGCAGGGAGGGAGCCAGGGGCUGGGUGGUUCAGAUGGACCUGCACCCUUCUCCUCCCUCUCUUCAUCUCUGGCUAUGGUCUCAAGAAGAGGUCUCUGGACCAGUCUGGAGCUGCUCUGGCAGUGGUGGUUGGGUUCCUUCUCACCGCAGCCAGUGCCUGUUUCUCUGCCUCGCUCAUCGUCUUCUUCCUCACCUCCUCACGCCUCACCAAAUGGAAGGCUGCCGAGAAGAGAAAACUGGAAGAAGGGUAUAAAGAAGGUGGUCAGAGGAACUGGGUACAAGUGGUGUGUAAUGGGGGCGUGGCUAGUGGGUGUGGCCUCAUUUAUCUGGGUUUGGUUGGUAUGACUGAAGUUCCUCUGAGGUAUAAUGACGCGGGAAGUCCAGACAUCCCUUCUCUCCUAUCUCUGGCCAUUCUCGCCGCUCUUAGCUGCUGCUGUGGAGACACGUGGGCGUCUGAAGUUGGCUCUGUAAUUGGAGGGAGACCCCGUCUAAUCACCACCCUGAGGCCGGUUCCCGCGGGGACCAACGGUGGCGUAACAACAGUGGGUGUGGUCUGCAGUGUUGCCGGUGGAGCUGUGAUUGGUCUCACUCACUACCUCAGUCUCCUUGUCCUCUGGAGAGAGGGGCUCCAGGAGGGAGGUACCAGAGUGGACCAGUUGGAACUGGUACUAGUCGGAGCAGCCAGUGGGUUCCUGGGCUCUCUAGUUGACUCUCUCCUCGGUGCCACCCUCCAGUUCUCGGGGUGGUCUGAGAAGCUGGGCAGAGUGGUGAGUUCCCCUGGACCCAGCGUGACCCACGUGGCCGGUGCUGAUGUACUGGACAACCACACUGUCAACUUCCUCUCCUCUCUCAUCACUGCCAUCCUUAUACCAGCUCUCUGGACCACCGCUCACACUAUACAGUGGUAGUACCAAUAUUUUUGUAUGACGAUGAAAGCA